AUCGAAGCCGCAUGCGCUGCGCAUCCCACCUCAAAAGCUCGAUGAAUGACUGGAUAAGCCUCCUCGUUGCCACCAGCAGAGAAGCCACCUAGUAAACCUCGUCGGCUCCGGAAUGAACGCCCUCUACUUCCUCCGCCCUCCCGCCCUCGCCCCUCUCCAAUCCCCCUACCGCUUCUCCGAUCCAUCGCUGCUCCCUCGCUCUCGGCUCCACCCGCCUCCGCCUCGCCGAUCCGCGGCGGCGCUCAAGAGCCCUCGAGGCUUCGGCCCCUCGCCGCGGAAAUCCGGCAAGAACCGCAAGAGUGAUAAGAGGCCAGGAUUCGACGAAGACGACGACGACGACGAAAUCGAAGACGAGGAGGACGGCGGCGGGAUCAUUCCGGAGGCGGUGACGAACCGGAUGAUGCGUCGGAUGGGAGUGUCGAUUGGGAUCCCGCUCUUCGUGGGACUCCUCUUCUUUCCCUUCUUCUACUACCUGAAGGCGGUGGCAAAGCUGGACGUUCCCAGCUGGGUGCCCGUCCUCGUCUCCUUCUUCUUCUUCGGGGCGUCCCUCUUGGGGAUCAGCUACGGGAUCGUCUCCGCCAGUUGGGAUCCGCUCCGGGAGGGUUCUUUUCUGGGCUGGACCGAAGCCCAGCGCAACUGGCCUGUCUUCUGGCAGUCGCUACGCGGCGGCGGCCGCCUAAAAGGGAAAUAGCUAGCCACCGCUCCAGCGGUACUACUACUACUACUUCUUGUCUUCUUCCACUACUUUCCUUUUUCCUGUUGAGCUCCAUCGUUUGUUUCAUGGGAUUUCUCCACUCGCUUCGUAAUUGGCGUCGACAUUUUUGGUAUUUAAUCAAAACUGUUUUCAAUCGUAUUACGUCGACGCUCUGAUUUGGUAUUUCUCGACGCUCUAUUUUCAAUUGUACACUUGAGUGUGAACUUGAAGCAACACUUGGUUUCGUUCUAGAGAUCUAUUUAUAGAGUGUCUUGUCCUUUAAUGGCUA